ACGCAAUAUUAUAAUUGAACACCCUCUCCUGUCAAUGCCUUCAUCCUUAACGUCGUUGCUCUAUAUCCCUCAUUCUCUCCUGUGCAGGGAUAACUGCAGCAUUUGUAAAAUAUGCAUCCAGAGUCUCCAGCCAUCUUCAGUAUCGUGCGGAUAGGGAGUCUAUUGGCAUCGCUGCUCGUUGCUCUUGGUUCUGGUACCAAUUACGCUUUCUCAGCUUAUGGUCCGCAGCUUGCUUCUCGUCUCCAUCUCAGCCAUACGCGUCUCAAUGUGAUAAGCCUUUCAGGGACAGUCGGCGUGUAUGGAACCGCCCCUUUAAUGGGUAAGCUUGUCGAUGCACGCGGACCAAGACCUUUGAUGGUUAUCGCGUUCUUUUCUCUGCUGGUUGGUUAUUCUGGCAUACGACACUUCUAUGUUCAAGGGCUACCAGACGGCGCAUCCGGGCUUUCGAACUGGGUAUUCGCGGCCUUGAUGGCCUGUGGUUUCUUCACUGGCGUAGGAGGCACUGGCGGUAUCAUGAGUGCCACGAAUGCUACAGCCAAAAGUUUCCCUCAUCGAGCACGAGCGACAACUACCGGACUCGUGUUCUCGAUGUUUGGCUUGUCAGCUUUCAUAUUCUCCACGGUUGGCCAUACCUUGUUCCUCGGCGAUAUCGCAGGUUUUCUUCUUACGCUUGCCGUCGGGACUUCCCUUCCAAUGAUACUUGGCUUUUUCUUUGUGCGAUCCAUACCCCUCCCAACGUCCGAGCAUGAUAUCAUCUACUCCGGGGAAGAUGCGGACGAUGUUCAUACUCCUUUAUUUGGUCACCAAGAGUUGUCGUCCUCGGUGGAGAGUUCAACCGCGACGAGGAUACAUCCGCAUAGUGCUUCUGCAGAUUAUGUUAUCAGUUCGUCGUCAAGUACGCAGUCGGAACGGAUACAAUCGAAUGCGUCAAGACGUGAUAUCGCCAGUACGAGCAAGAAAGGUAGUACGGGUCCUGUAAUACGAGGCCUGGCUCUUGCUGUCAACGGUGAUUUUUGGUUACUCUUUGUGAUCACUAUCUUCUUAACCGGUACGGGUUUGAUGUAUAUAGGCAAUGUUGGCUUGAUUUCACAAGCCCUAUAUGCCAACGCCGUACCCACCUACGAUGAACGUGAAGCGGCGAAAUGGCAGUCUGCGCAAGUAUCCACCGUAAGUAUAUCAAACUGCCUAGGCCGCAUCAUAAUCGGCGUCAUCGCAGACUCCUCUCACCAUCUAAUGGAGACACCUCGCUCUUCCUAUAUCUCCUUCGUAGCAUUGCUUUUCGUCAUAUCCCAAACCACCGCGUUCGCUGUGAACGACGUUACAGGGCUAUGGAAGGCUAGCGCCUUACUUGGGCUUUCAUAUGGGAGUCUAUUUGGUUUGUUUCCUGCUGUUACAAUUGAGUGGUUCGGUCUACCUCACUUCUCGGAAAACUGGGGCUUCAUGUCCCUGGCACCGGUUAUCGGAAGUAACAUUCUCUCAAUAGCAUUCGGACGAAUCUUCGACGCACACUCCCGGGCUCCUACACCUGAACCUCGUUCUCCCAUAUCUCAUACCUCAUCACCUUCCGAAUCGCAUUCCAUGUGCUUUGAAGGGAGGGCAUGUUAUGCUGAUAGUUUGAAACUCACUAUCGCAGCGUGUACUUGUGCGUUUGCAUUAGGAGUGUAUGCGGGCAUAAGGGAUUGGAGAAGGCAGAAAGGUGGAGAUGUGGAUGGUGGCGCGAGGACACCCAUUGAGGACGAGAGGUGGGAAGAGGUAUGAUUGUUCCUGAUGAUUCCGGCUCGAGCGUAGACAUAUUGGUGAGGUGUGUAUGAAUGAUGGUGAAGAACUUAUAAUAUUGCAUCUUGUACUAUUUUCUGUAACAUUAGCACUGACCUUGGACAAUAGGCUGUGUUAAUUCAUUCCAACAAACUGUUUGAUCCCU